CGGGGAGGUGGCGUGGAAGUGAGGCUUGGUACCCGUGCCAUCCAGAAGAAAAGUAGUUUCAUGUAUCUUGGGUCUAUUAUGCAAGGCAGCGGGGAGAUUGACGAUGAUGUCACACAUCGUAUUGGGGGAGGGUGGAUGAAAUGGAGGCUCGCUUCUAGAGUGCUAUGUGACAAGAAGGUGACACCACAACUUAAGGGCAAGUUCUAUAAAGUGGUGGUUAGACCGACUAUGUUGUAUGGGGCAGAGUGUUGGCCAGUUAAGAUCUCUCACGUUCAAAAGAUGAAAGUUGCCGAGAUGAGAAUAUUGAGAUGGAUGUGUGGGCACACCAGGAGUGACAGGAUUAGGAAUGAGGCUAUUCGAGACAAGGUGGGAGUGGCCUCGGUGGAAGACAAGAUGCGGGAAGCGAGACUGAGAUGGUUUGGGCAUGUGAAGAGGAGAGACACAGAUGCCCCAAUGCGGAGGUGUGAGAGGUUGGCCAUGGAUGGUUUCAGAAGAGGUAGGAGUAGGCUGAAGAAGUAUUGGGGAGAGGUAAUUAGACAGGAUAUGGCGCAGUUACAGCUUACCGAGGACAUGACCUUAGAUAGGAGGGUUUGGAGGACCCAGAUUAGGGUAGAAGGCUAGUAGAUAGUCUCGUUAUCCUUUCUUAUUAGUAGUCGCAUUAUCGCAGUAUAAUUUCUUGUGCUUUGAUUUCUGCUAUUAUCUGUUAUUUCUUGUACUUUGAUUAUCCUAUUUUAUCUGUGUCACUUUCAUUAUUUGCAUUUCCAUAUCGCUUUGAAUUUCUUAGCAUCAUCUGACCUUCUUUUAUGCUUUUUAUUGAGUCGAGGGUCUUUCGGAAACAGCCGUCCUACCUUGGUAGGAGUAAGGUAUGUGUACACUCUACCCUCCCCAGAUCCCACGUUAUGGGAUUUCACUGGGUUGUUGUUGUUGUUGUCUCA